UCCGCACGGUACUAAUUGUGGCACUGGUUCUCGUACUGGCCGCUUCGAUAACGACGGACGUGGCGGCAUGGAGAGUGAGCUGCGCGGGCAGCGCGCACAAGACUCCCGGCAGACAAAUCAGCGAGCUGCAGACAAGUCUCGAGAAGGAGAAAGUUCCCGCCUUCACCUUCGGCCGACGGCAAGCUGACGGAUUCCUCGAAAUCCGCGUCUUUAG